AUGUGGUUUGGCACUAAGGAGUUGAUUUGGCUGUCACACUUGCUCGUUGAUCUCAAGGUUCCUUUCACUCCUCCUGCUUACCUUUAUUGUGACAAUGAUGCAGCUAUUUACAUUGCCAAUAACUCUGUCUAUCAUGAACGCACCAAACAUGUUGACAUUGAUUGCUACAAGUUUCGUGAAAACAUUGAUUCUGGCUUCCUGAAGACCAUGUUUGUUGCUUCUCAAGAUCAGUUGGCUGAUUGCCUCACGAAGCCGUUGCACCCUACGUUGUUCCAUAGCUUGAUUCGCAAGAUGGAAGUUUGCAACAUUUUUUAA